CAAAUUCAUACAGCCCAUCAUGGAAUGGAGAAGCAGUUAAUUUUUCCAUAAACCUUGCGCAAGAGGCAGUUGCUUGUCCUGAUUGCGGGCUCAUUACAUGCGCCCCUUUAUGAUGCAAUAAAAGCAUGCGCGCGCCUCUAGCAUACGAUCAUGCGGAGUUGACGAUGUGCCAUGCGCUAACACUAUCCUUAGCUGUCUUUCUGUUGUCUUGCCACCUAGCAAGAGCGUCCCCAGAGAGUGUUUAUGAUGAUGGUCUUUUAGACACUGAUAUCCCAGAAGCCUGUUCAUGGGAUGCCGUACAGUACGCUCUUGACUGUACAGACGCAGGUCUUUAUCGUGUUCCCGUAUGUAAAGAGCCUGUAAAGCGACUAUACCUCGCGCGUAACAGAAUAUCAAGCAUAAACCAGUUUGAUAUAAAAGCUUACAUCGACUUACAAUAUCUUGAUCUGUCCGGAAAUAACCUAACGAUUAUUAGCGAGCAUCUCUUCUCCAAAAACAAACUUCUUCGCCAACUCAAACUAGGCAACAAUCCGCUGCACUGUAACUGUACGAAUGAGUGGUUACGUAAGGAAGCUGUCAUCUUAAACACAGCCGACAGAGAAAAGGGAAGCCCACAUCAUACUCGCAUCCGGGACCUCGAGAACCUCACUUGCACCUCCCCUGAAAGCUACAGCCAUCGACCGCUGACUAGUCUGGCCAGCGCUCUUGGAUGCGGUAAUUUUUGUACUUUUUUUAUACGCAAAAUAGACUUCACUUCACUUACUUUAUUUAUUGCACAACCUAUUUUUACAAACAUACAAGUGCGUAGCGCAUGUUUACAUCUAAAGCCCAGCGUAGAAGGCCUCUGGGCAGCCUCUCGUGUCAAUGACGGACUGUGGAAGGUGGUUCCACAGUCUCAGGGCACGGGGCAAGAGCUAUAUUUGUAUGUGUCAGUCCUGGCGUGUGGGAUGGCGGAGAACUCGGUGUGUUGUGUGCGGGGCAGGGCGCGAGAUGGUUUUCUGAGAUCUGCCAAAGGUAACACAGAGUCAUUAUUCAGGCCACUGUUUAGAAGCAUCAAUGUGGAGGUGCGCCUGCGGUCUUGGAGUGGCUGCCAACCCAAUACGGAGAGUUGGCGUGUCAUUGUGCUAUUGUGCUCAAAAGAGUAGUAAUCUGACGUGAAAAAGCGUGCUGCGCGCCUCUGGUAGUGUUCAAUCUCCACAAUGAUUUUGCUUGUGUGCGGAUCCCAGAUGGUACUUGCGUAUUCUAACAGCGGCCUAACGAGACCGACGAGAUACUUUAUUUCCUCAACAAAGUCCAGGCCCACCCCUUCCAGAUAGUACAGGCGGUUGAUGUUGUUCCUGGUCUUCCUUGAGAUGCGGAUCAUGUUACACUUGUGUAGUUGCUUUGGAAACUCAUGGAACACUUCCACUAAGAGACUAUGGUCUCUUGCUUCCACUCAUGACCACUUCCACUUCAUAUUUAUUUGUUCGUUUGUUUGUUUGCUUGCUUGUUUGUUUGCUUGUUUGUUUUUUUUUGUUUGCUUGUUUUUAAAAUUAACAUCUAAAUUUACACUGUAAAUAUUCUUUGAAAAGUAAUUUUUUUGCUUGGUCUUUAAACGACCUAGGCGAUCUAGAAGUGAUCAUCCGUGCAGGCAAAUUAUUUUUCUGGUUAAAAUUUACAAUACUUGUGAGGCCUGUGGUCUACACCAAAGAGGGGCUGAAACGAGCGUGCGCGCUUGUUUUUCCCGCCAAAAGCAAGUAAAAAACAGAACAACACAAAAAGCAACAUUUCGUAAAAUUGUAUUUAUACUUCAUAGCAUUCCUCUCGUUGAGGCUCGUUUGAGCCUCUCUAUGGUGUAAAACCACAGGCCUCCCAAAUAUUGUAUUUCUAACCGCGAAAAGCACGUGACUCACGAUAGGGUGCACGUGAUCUUCUUCUUGUU